AUAACUAACCAAAAAUGCAUUUCUGCCAGAGGCAGCCAUUUGCAACGUCUCAUCGGAUGGCCUAUACAUUCAGAGAUCGGACGGCGGAGUUCCGAUCACUAACCCAAACUCUGAAGAAAAUCGGAGGAAUCACAUCUGUUAAUCAAGAAAAUGAUCGGUCUCCUUCAAAACCACAGACGUUGUCGACACUAUAUUCAAGAUCCGAGUUCAACAAAAAGGCUUCUAUGAUCGGAUUGGCCAUCCACGAAACCUCUCAAAAGAUCGCUCGGCUUGCCAAACUUGCAAAGAGGUCAUCAAUGUUUGAUGAUCCGACUGUUGAAAUACAGGAAUUAACUGCCCUGAUAAAGAAUGAUAUUACAACAAUGAAUACAGCUCUCUCAGAUCUGCAAAUUCUUCAAAAUAUGGAAAUAGCUGAUGGGAAUUAUUCUCAGGAUAGAGUAGUUCAUUCUACGGCUGUCUGCGAUGACUUGAAGAGCAAACUUAUGGGAGCUACUAAAGAGCUUCAAGAUGUGUUAACAACUAGAACAGAGAAUAUGAAGGCUCAUGAAAACAGGAAACAGAUAUUCUCCUCAAAUGCUUCAAGAGAGAAUCCUUUUAUGAGUCAAUCAAAACCCAUGACUGAGCCUCCACCUUGGUCAAAUUCAGCAAAUGCAUUCGGCAAUUCAAAGCCCUCUGCAUUGCCACCCAAUGGUGUUCAAGUUGGCAACCAGUUGAGACGCAGGGCAGCUGUGGACAGCACUCCUUCCCACCAUAUGGAAAUGUCCAUGUUACAGCAGGUUGUUCCAAGGCAGGAAAACUACACUCAAAGUCGAGCUGUUGCUCUUCACAAUGUGGAAUCUACAAUUUCAGAACUUGGCGGAAUUUUUACGCAUUUAGCUACAGUGGUUGCACAGCAAGGGGAGCUUGCCAUCAGGAUUGAUGAUAACAUGGAUGAGUCCUUGGCCAACGUUGAAGGUGCUCGCAAUUCUCUAUUGAGGCAUCUUAAUCAAAUAUCAUCAAACAGGUGGCUUUUAAUCAAGAUAUUUGCUGUCAUAAUAUUUUUCCUAAUGGUGUUCAUCAUCUUUGUGGCUUGAACAUGAUUACUGAGACCAACAGAUCAAUUUAUCUCUGUUCGUACGGUAUUUUUAUAACACUCAUCAUACUCACUAAGCAUAUCUGCAGAGAGUAAGUUCCAUAUUUUGUAAAUUUAUUCAGUAUUUCAUUCAUAUUUUUGCUGUAGCUUGUAGAAGCUUAGAUAUAUAGCUAUAGACAUAGAUACUGGCAAAUUUUACUUGUAAAGUGUUAUUGAUUCUGAUUUCUGAUUGUAAUACAAAAAACCAGCAAAAUUCUAUAACUUUGGUUUUUAAUUUAGAGUGCAAAUUUUUCUCA